AUGUCGGUUCUGGAUACAGCGCCAAUGACAUCAGGCGCACAGCCUUUGAAAUAUCGCACUUUUAUCCGCGUUUCUUUACAACGCUCAAAGCCAGCCAGUUGGUGGCAGUUAUGGAAGGAGGGCCGUGGCUCCAACGAAGCCCAUCAAAGCGAUGGAAAGCUUUUGGCGGUAGAACACGUGGACCGCAACCAAGGCGGAGAUGGAGAUAUCAGACCAUCUCAAGUUCAGCUGGAAACUUCUAAUUUCGACGGGUUUUCUGUUAUCUGGUCCUCGAACCCUGCCACCGGAAAUCCAUGUUGCUCGAUAUUAGUUCGUUUCAAUUUCCUCUCCACCGACUUUAACCCUUCCAGACGCAUGGAGGGAAUUCCUAUUCGCCUAUGCGCCAAAACAAAGGUUAUAUCUACCGGCCAUGGAGAUCUACCCCUUGAAGACCGGCCCGAAGUAUGCUAUUGCAAGGUCAAGUUGUUUGGACGUCGUGGUGCCGAUCGAAAGCUUUCCCGCGAUGUUGCAUAUGUCAAGAAGCUUAUUGACGAGCUGAAACAGCAAAUCAGCCAAGUUGGGAAAUCGACUCAAGAAAAGGACCUUCAAAACAAGCUGCGCAUAUUUGAAGACAUGUUAUCAUCUACUCGCCCUUUCAGCGCUCUCAAUUUGAAGGGCGAUGCCCAUGAUGACCCAGAUCUCUUCCCAGUUCACCUGGGAAUUACCGAUGAGGGAUUUUCGCACACAAUUGGGUGGGGGUCCCGAAACAAUGUGGCAUCCUCAUCUCAGCAUGUGUUAUCACCCGUAACUAGCAACCAUUCGCUCAGCUCCUCUCAUAACUCCUUUGACCCCAAGACAGGUUUUCCUCACCAGCCACAAGUCUAUGACGGCUCCCGUUACGACUCGGAGGAUUGGUCCAGCAAUUCCCAACAGGAUUCUGAUAGCCUACAGCAUAUUAGGAACUGUAUGGGCAUGCCUUGCCCUACUCCGGGAAUGACACUUAAUUUACUGAGCCCACUCUCAAUCUCCCCCGCUACUUCAGCUACUGCCAUAGACAUGAAUUCAUUUCGCCAUUCUCCCCAGGCAGGAAGCGGCGUCGACGCCUUCCAUCAUCCACCCGCAUAUGUUCCGAGCAGUUUCGUAAACCGAGACCCAAGAUAUGACCCGCUACAUGUCCAGAAUUCUCCUAUUAACGGGGUAAAUGCGAAUAACCACACUUUCCUCAUGCACCGUGCAAAUUUUGCUACUUAG